AUGGAGGCAGGCGAGAAUUCCACGGAGGAGUUAAAAAGACAACAUCAAGCCUUGAAAACUGCGUCGGUGAAAUCGAGAAUGGAAAGUAUUGAUUCCACUCUACCCUCGGAUCUGCUGCGGUCAGUUAACCAAUCGAGAGACAAGGGUGCAAGCUCAUGGCUUACCCGCAGUGCCUCUUGUCGAUUAAGGCUUGGUGCUGAAUAAACNUCCACGGAGGAGUUAAAAAGACAACAUCAAGCCUUGAAAACUGCGUCGGUGAAAUCGAGAAUGGAAAGUAUUGAUUCCACUCUACCCUCGGAUCUGCUGCGGUCAGUUAACCAAUCGAGAGACAAGGGUGCAAGCUCAUGGCUUACCCGCAGUGCCUCUUGUCGAUUAAGGCUUGGUGCUGAAUAAACAAGAAUUCAGAGACUCUCUGCGUUUAAGGUAUAAUAUGCCCCUGUCCGACUUAUCAAGCAAGUGUGUUUGUGGUGAGAAGUAUACCGUCUGCCAUGCCCUGUCAUGCAAAAAGGGAGGGUUCGUGGCGCAGAGACACGAUGGUGUUCGCAACCUACUUACCUCACUUAUUUGUAAGGUUUGCAACAACGUUGAAGUCGAACCACAACUACAACCUCUCGAUAAUGAGCGGUUCAACAUCAGAAGCGCGGUAACAAGCCCGGAGGCAAGACUGGACUUCAAGGCAGGGGGCUUUUGGUCUCGUCGAGUUACAGUAUUUUUUGAUGUCAGAGUAGCGCAUGUUAACUCCAAUUGUAACUAGGGAAAAACAACAUCCACAAUCUUUAAGGAGCAGGAGGAGGAGAAAAGCGGAAGUACCAACAGAGGGUACAGUAUGUUGCCCAGUAUCCGGACACUUCAGUUUAACAUUGCAAUAACUUUCCUUUGUUAGUCGCAAGAGCUCUGAAAUUUGGCCCUGAGAUAAUCUAUUUAGUCCUUAAUAUGACAAAAGACAGUUUACCUUUUUUGCCUUUGUCAAUUAAUUUCCAUUGCGAAAUUAAUAUUUUUGCAGAGCUCCCAUGUUGCACAGUAUCCGGACACAACAAGAACAACGUAAUUGUACAUAAAUUUCGACAGGCAAGCGACUUAUACAUACUUCUCUUGCACUUGGAAAGUAGUCUGGCAAUCGAUUCCAAAACGUAUUGUAGCAUCGUGAAAUAAAACUUAACAAAUGACUGGGGUAUCGGGGUAUGGCGAGGAACGCGAGCGGCUUGUAAAUGGUAUAAUCAGUCUUACUUCCCUUCUUGGAACUUUUUCACUGAUUUAAGGAAGGCAACCGUGGACAUACCGAAGCCGCGGUUUUCAAGCUCAAUUAGAAAAUCUGCAAGCCACUUUUUUUCUUCAUUUUCUAUUAAAAAUAAUAAUAAUAAUUAAAAAAAAAAAGCGCGGGGAAGGGACCUCAAUCCGACGGUCAAAGAUCACCCUCCUAUUUAGUCUGACCUGCAGUGUUGAUUUCUUAAUACCGAAGCCGCGGUUUUCAAGCUCAAUUAGAAAAUCUGCAAGCCACUUUUUUUCUUCAUUUUCUAUUAAAAAUAAUAAUAAUAAUUAAAAAAAAAAGCGCGGGGAAGGGACCUCAAUCCGACGGUCAAAGAUCACCCUCCUAUUUAGUCUGACCUGCAGUGUUGAUUUCUUCAUACUCAGUCCCCACAAUAAGCCUGCUUGUCUAACACCUAACACUAAUUCCUCCUUCUUUUACAUCUCUCAAUCCCUUUGUGACAUUUUUCAGACCGUUGUAACCCCAUUCUAGCAGUCACAACUGGGGGAAGUAUGAGAAUUCCAGGUUCAACUCCGACGCUUCCGGUUAUAUAUAGAAAAUGCAGUCACGCGAAACUAGCCGUGCACACGAAAUCAAAAUUCUAUACGGAGUUGAGUAGAAUUACAUUUUACACCUUAAUCAUGUAUCCUAAGCUUUAAUUAUAGUUAUAGAUAGGAAAUAAAUCUUGUCCGGAUAAUGUACACAGGUAAUUCAUCAAUUCUGUACAGCAAAGAAAAAACUGUCAGGAUACUGGGCACUUGACAUCAAUACUUAAUGAAUGUUUCUGACCUCCGUUAUUCCAAACAAAUCGAAUUCCAAGAAGAAUUAAUAAACUUUCUGAGAACCUGACUUGUUUUAGUAUCUUCACGUUAAAUAUAAAACAGUUUCUUUGAAAACAUCACAUAUUACCUACCCUUUUCUGAGCAGCACUAAUUUUACUGCGCGGUAAACAACGUAAAUAUUAGCCAUGAAAAGUUUACUUACCUGAACAGAACGGCGUCUCCUGUGACUGUUUCGCAAGCUUUAAACUCGCCAAAACUUUCAUCUUAAAGCUGAAAUGUUCAGCUUUCAUUUGACACACUUCGUUUACCGAGGAUUGAAAAGGGCGCCUCAAAAAUUGAGUUUUUGUUUUAAGUGUCCGGAUACUAUGCAACAUACUGUACGGGACGUUGAAACAGGAUCUUUCACUCCCCUAGUUUUUGGAACCAACGGUGGGAUGGGAGCCGACUGCAACUGCUUUCUCAAACGCCUAGCCGAGAAGCUCUCAGAAAAGAAUGAGGAACCUAAUCACAUUACUAUUACU